CGGAAGUCAAGAGGGAGCGGAAGUUGUUGGAAGAGAGGAAAAGAGCCUGGAGGUGGGAUCGGCUGUUUUUCCCGGGAAGGCUGGUGUUUUGGCAGUGCUCACUGUGUGCAGAUCGUUGCACCGAGCGCUUGGACGGCUACAGCAGUGCGGUUGGUGGGCAGGCUCCUGGUCCCCCCCCCCCCCCCCAGGACCUGCCAGGUGGAGUGGAGGCCAAUGAUCCACCCCUGAAGACAGCAGCCAGGGAAUCAAUCCCGUGGUUAACCGAAGGGGCAGCUGUCCACGAUAAGGAAAAAUGACUUCCCUUCAGAGCGUGGAAAGCACAGCAGUCCAGCCUCCUCCGGCCCCCGUCCGUGGCGCGGGCGAUGGCAUGGAAACGGAGCCGCCCCCAAAAUGCGUGGAGACACCGAGCGGGAUCCAACCGCCGGGCCGGCCCGGCCCGCGGAGCCCUCGAAAGAAAGGCGAGCCGCCUCCUCCGCCUCCCCCGCCUCCCCUCGGCCCGGGCGUCCUGCGGCUCGGCCAGGCCCCGGCCCACAAAGCGGUGGAAGUGGAAGCCGUGCGCAUUGUGGUGCCCAGGGCGGCGGUCACCCACGAGAUCCCGUCCAGAAACGGGAAGGUGGCCAAGCCCCUGGGGCACCAUAAGGGGGACUUCCUGGGGCCGUCGGAAGGGGUCGUGGACCCCCGCAAGGAGCUGCAGGAGCUGAAGUGUGCGGUAGAGAAGCUCAGGAACUCGGAAAAGCGGCUACUUCAGGAUAAAGAAGGGCUUUCCAACCAGCUACACGUCCAGACAGAGGUGAACCGUGAAUUAAAGAAGCUGCUGGUGGCGUCUGUUGGGGACGACGCACAGUACCACUUCGAGCGGGUGGCUCGGGAGAAGAACCGGUUGAUUUUAGAGAAUGAGGCCCUGGGCCGGAACACGGCCCAGCUGUUGGAGCAGCUGGAGCGGAUGUCCAUCCAGUGUGACGUAUGGCGCAGCAAAUUCCUGGCCAGCAGGGUUAUGGCAGACGAAUUGACCAACGCCAGAGCCGUUCUUCAGCGUCAAAUCAGGGAAGCCCAAAGCGCAAUCCAAGAUCUCCUGAGUGAACGGGAACAGUUUCGUCAGGAGAUGAUCAGUACCCAAAAAUUACUAGAGGAGCUCUUGGUUUCCCUACAGUGGGGUAGAGAGCAAACCUAUUACCCGAAUGCCCGGCUCCACAGCACUGCAGAGCUGGUAGCAACAAAUCACAAGCUGGCCAAAGCAGUGAACUCACAUCUCCUGGGCAACGUUGGCACAAAGAUUCCAAAAAAGACUCCGCAGCCAGUGGAAUUCUGCAGCACCCCUGCUGAGAAAAUGGCCGAAACGGUUCUGCGAGUUCUGGAUCCUGUUACCGCUUCCAAAGGUUUGUCGGAAGAACCAUUUUCCAAGUCCACACCAGCCACCUUCCUGGCUUCCAAAAAAAAUAUUGGACGGUUUCACCCUUUCACCCGAUAUGAAAAUUUAACUUUCAAUUGCUGCAAUCACUGCCAAGGAGAACUUAUCGCCCUUUAAAAUUGUACUGCAUUUAAGGCGGUUCGUUCUAGGGUUUUGGAGACAUUUCGUAUCAUAUAGGUCAUUAUCUCUUUGCUUUUGGGGGUGGAGAUUUUUGCUGGACGGUUAUAUCAUGCUGUUUCUACUUAAACAUUGUAUUUAUGCUGUAGACUUGUUACAUGCUUUGGAUUCCAGGUCCCUAGCUGAUUUCUUCUCAGGGUGAGAAAGGUCAUAGAGAGAGCCAGCUUUCCAAAGCACAACCUUGGACUCCCAAGGUGAUUUUCCUUUAUCCAGGCAGUUAAUGUGAUUUAUUUUUUUUUUCUCAGUGAUUCAAAAAUUUUUCAGCCCUGAGAGUUAAGAUAAAUUGCUUAUUUAUUUUCUCUUUUUAAGUCGUUCUAGAUCAGACUCUACUGUAUUAUUGACCUCCCGAGAUUUGUAAGCUGGUCAAGUUUUUGGGGGUUUUUUGGUGCUCCUAUGAAAAUCAAGGUUGUACUGGUGGGAAAUUUCAAAAUGAGAGGCAGGGAACAGUCAUGAAAAAUGUUUCCUCUGCUGGAUGGGAAGAGGAAACAAUUCCUGUGUAGUGCUGAAUGAGCUCUUUGGUGAAGGUGCAACUUGAAAAUGAGUGUUUCUCUUUGUGUGUGUGUGUAGGGGUGUGUGUAAGCGAGAUUUGUGCAAGGGAAUCUUUUUGCAAGUGGAUGGAAGGAUAAAGAAAAGGAGCAAGAGACCUCAGCAUUUUUGUUAGCUCUGUUGAGCAACUGCAGUAUUUGGCAAUAAUACACACCUCAGAAAAUGUUUGGUCAAUUCAUUAUUAUUAUUAUCCUGGUUUGGGCUUUCACCAAGUUCAUAGUAAAAAUAUAUCCAAAUGUGUACAUUUGAGAUUUGUAUAGCAUAUUGAAAAUGUUCUGAAAAACAAAAUAUAAAAUGGCUACUUGAAGGCCUGACAAAGAAAACUACCCCUUCAUUGGAAGCUUUCAGAAAUUGCUACUUUUUCCUACUUUAAAGUGGCCCCACCUUUGCACCUAUACCAAAUCGUGCAGAUCUGUUGCAGAAGUGCCUGCCAGAGAGACUUUCAAGUCUGAUUAAUGUGUGGGAUUGGACAUGAACUUUGGGCCACUGAGGAAAAAACAAAACAAAAAAACAUUUCUAGGUGCUGCAUUUGCUGUAACUCAAGCUGGCAGAGAGCAAUAAAAUCCUUUUCUUACUGUA